ACACCGUCUCCAAAAGUGUGUCUGCAACAUUACUGAAACGAAACCUUCCCAUUGGAUUCUCACUACCUUUUGUUUUGUUUUUUAAAUUAAAUCUUUUGAGCAGAAACAGAGAAAGAAAAUUGUGUCGUAGUGGUUCUUUGUUUUAGUUCGAGAUGGAAAGAGAUUUUCUUGGUUUGAGCGACAAGAAGUAUCUCAGCAACGUUAAACGCGAGGCCAACGAUGAUCGUGUCGGAGAACGAGUAUUGAGCAAGAAGGCAGCUAUACAAUGGGGAAAGGCAAAGCUCUUGCCUAAUUCAAAUUUCAUGCCUGAUUUUCAGGCGGGCUCUUACCAGCGGGGCCCAGUUUCUGCGGCCAGCAAUCUCCGCAGAAGCCAAUUUAGCGGUGGUGCGUUUCAGAACGCGAAUCCGCCUUUACUUGGCGGUUCAGUUCCGUUAACUAAUCAUUCUUCUUUCCGUCCUGCUUUUAACUUGUCGGCGGAUGCUCGAGUGGCUUCCUCAGGAUCACUACCUCAGCUCACUAUCUUCUAUGGUGGAACUGUUAGCGUCUUUAAUAAUAUAUCUCCUGAUAAGGCUCAAGCUAUUAUGUUAUGUGCUCGGAACGGUUUGAAAGGAGAAACUGGAGAGAGCAGUUUGAAGAAACCAGUUCAAGAAACUGAAAGAGUUUAUGGAAAACAAGUCCAUAACGCUGCUGCUGCUGCGGCAUCAUCAAGCUCUGCCACUUACGCUGAUAGUUUCUCUAGGUGUAGAGACAGACCCGUUGGUGCGACUAAUGCAAUGAGCAUGAUCGAAUCAUUCAACGCAGCAGGUCCUGGAAAUAUGAUUCCUUCAGUUCCUCAAGCUCGUAAAGCCUCAUUGGCUCGGUUCUUGGAGAAGCGCAAAGAGAGGCUCAUGAGUGCACUGCCAUACAAGAAGAUGCUUCUUGAUUUGUCAACCGGAGAAUCAAGUGGAAUGAAUUACCCUUCUGCUUCGCAUACCUAAACAUUUCUUCUUCUUCUUCGGUUUUUAAAACCUCUGUGAGGUUUUAUUACGAUGGUAACUUGUAAUAUAAUCGACAGAUUAUUAUUAUAGCUACCAUUUAUUAUGUUACGAUCAGGAGAAGGCGUCAGGCGUCUAUGUAUUUGAGCAUUGUUGUAAUGGCUUAGUCUGUUAUUGUAGGUUCAUUUUUUUUUAUUUGAAACACUAACAUAUACUAUAUAUUUAUACGUUUGUCAUGUCUGUUAGUGUCAAGAAUAAAAACCAGUAUUGUAAUUUUA